CCGCAUCGAUUGGCCUCGUUCAGCAGGCUGAUUCAAAUACCACCUCGAGCUCGUCACCAGAAACCGCAAUCCAGACCUCCCCUUCCCCAAAGAUGAUGUCCGGAACGAGUCUUCGGGCAGCACGGCAGCUCGCGAGCCGGGCUCGCCUUUCGGCUCGUGGCUUUGCCGUGUCGGCCCGGCAAUUGGACUCGGCCGCCGCCGUCGCAACGCCCAAGGAGACCGCGCCCCAGACCACCGAUCCGUCCGCGCAGCCGACCGAGGUCCUCCAGGCCCCGAACCGCACUGAUGUCUGGGCUCGGAGCCAGAAGCCGCGCUCCAAGGCCAUGACAGGGCCGCGCUUCGAGCAGACAGACUUCAGCCUUCAGCCCCAACCCUACUCUGCCAUGGAGCUGGUGCACAAGCAGCCUGUCCGGUGGACGCACGAUCGUGUAGUCGCAUGUGAUGGCGGCGGCGGCCCAGCUGGCCACCCGAGGAUAUUCAUCAACACGGACAAGCCAGAGAUUUGCGCCUGUGGCUACUGCGGGCUGCCAUUUGCCAACGAACAUCACCGGAAGCAUCUGGAGUCCCUUCCACAAACUUCAUACCCACUCGCAUAGGCUCAAUAGAGUACCAGGCAUUCGAGGGGGGUGCCGCUGUUGCUUUCUGUUGUACGUAAAUGGGGCAGGAAUCAAAUGUUUGUUUUCUGCUGCCUGAAUACCAAGGUACUCGGAAAUGAAGAGGUUUUGCGGCAGCUACGGCUCCAAACUUCAGUUCCCACCGGCAUCCAAUGUCAGCCAUCUAUCACGGAUCUUUGCAGAGACAUGUGACCGCAAGUAAGGUGCCGAAGCGUUUAGGGCCAUUGCCGGGCUAUGUCGGAGAAGUUGCACUAGUUCAACAACACACCAAAAGAUGUGAAACGUUGCCAUUUGGUUUCUCCCGCCCGCUGCCACACCCAGCCGCCUCAAAAAUUGGCAGCGACUUACCGCUACGACAUCGGAAUACUGAUUUGCCGAGCUAGUGUCUGGGGGCUCACAUAUCCGACAAUGGAGCCUGAGCAGUAUACGAGGUUGCUCACCGCCCCGGCUGGCCACAUUUUUCUUGUUGUGACGACCUAUUUACAUAUAUAACGAUCAACAUGCUAAAAUGGCUCGCUAGGUAUCAAAGGGAUACAUAUGUCGGCUAAUUGGGAACGCAUGAGAAGAUAAAAAGAAGUGCCACCAGUUUUGGGUUUCAAGGUUGUGCGCGCCAUUCAUACCAGCCUGUCUCAACGUUCCGCAAGCUCCGAUCCUCCGAAAACA